GACAUGGUGUCAGUACGUGGUUUUAGCUGUCAACUGCUCUUGGCUCUGUCCUCACUUACUGGGAGCCUUCCGGAUGUAUUCACAUCCGCCCAAUGAGUUCCCGCAAAGCUUGGCCAAGGCAUAUUUGAUCACAUCAAGAUUAUCAGAGGAGUUUGGUGUUCCAAAGGGUGCAAUGGAUCUCAAUGCAUCCGAUUUAGUCUGGCAAUGCGCCGGGGAUAGGUUGUUCCGCUGUGAAUGUGAGUUAUCACCGGGGAGAAAAUUGUAGUAUAAUAGUCGUUGACUCCCCCAACAUGACAACAAAUCUUGUACACAUCGCAGACUUUGUUACUCAUUCAGCGAUACUCAUUCCCUUCCCACAUACCUUAUCAUUCUUUCGUUGAGCGCCCCAGCGGCUGCCUUGCCUCUUUAGUAAUAUCAAUUUUUAAUCACCAUAUUUACCAACAACAUAAAUCAUGCAUUUCACUCUGGCGUCAUCGUUGAGCGUAAGCCUUGCUACUUUAAUCAUCGCAAGCCCAUAUCCUCACCCAGUCCCGGAGACUGGUAAGAAUAUUGCAAGAGGCUUGGUCUAUGCUCCUAGGAACUCGAGACAGCAGUCGAAGGCGAAUUCAAACAAUGUGAUCAUUAUCACAAAGACAGAAGAAGAGCAAUUAACGGAAAUCUCACGAAAUCGCGAGAUUCAACUUACCAAGCUUGUUCAAGAGCGACUUAUCAUCAUUGAUCGAACACAAAUCGCUAGGGACAACAUUAGGAGAAAUCACUUUAAGAAUUUGAACUCGCAGCAGAACACUAUCAUCGUUGUUGUCACACAAAUUGUCGAUGCUCGGGAUAGAUCAAACAAAAACAUCCGCUAUAUGACACAUCAAAUCCAAGCAAAUAAUCAAGCCCAGGAUACACGAUUUGUUAUGGUUCAGCAAGAUCAACGAAUGACCAUCAAUGGUGCAUCUUCGACAGAAACAGCAUCUUUGCCCCGAGGCACUGGAACGUCGACUUCCCCUUCAUUUGGAACUUAUGAUCCAAAUGCAGCCCCACUGGUAUCAAAUGUCACCCAGAUUCUACCGGCGAACGCCCAAGCACCAAACUUUGCCGGUGUGAAACAAUUCCAGGACCCAGCGAUGAUCAUCGAAGAGGGUCAGAAGGCAUUUGUGAAUUUUGUGGGCGUGGUGGGAAAUUGAUUCAAUUAUUCAUGUCUUGAAUGCCAAUAUUGCAUUUUGAGAUACAUGGCAACCGAUGGACGAUAGAAAGCUGUUACCCACAUAUCUCUUGGUAGAUCCAAAACUAUAUGACGCAUCAUUCUUCUGUGAGGAAUCUAGUUGUCAGCUAUAAUACCAGAUUAUAGAUCAACCAAAACAAGGACUUGAGAUGAUUUUAGUGCCUGUUCCUGAAAACGAUUACAUCCUAAAGAUGCCUAAUUAGUGACUACCGGCAGGAUCGGUACGUUUUGAGUUUGCAGCGGCCUAGGCCAUCGGUUGAUUUCGAGUAUUAUUGCGGUUGCGCCUCUUGGCAUGUGGGGACUUUGUUUACUUAGACAUCAACAUCAAGAAUAUCAACAAGAUUUGGAUAAAACUAACGGUACCUACUUUGAUAUCUCUCUCCAAUAAACUUCAACUUUACGCAAUCCUUAUUCA